AUGCCCGCCCCAACUGCGCUCCAGCGCCGCCCCGAAGAAUUCGCAACCGACAUGGCCAUGAGCACGCCUCUCCCCGCCGACGAGCCCUCAGCCGCCGCCGACCUGAUCGACAUGCACGCCGUCGCCGACCAGGUCCUGCCCGACACCAACCACGCCGCCACCGACGACACCGCCAUGGUCGACGAGAGCGGGCGCCCGCAGUUUGCCCCUGCCCAGAGCAUCCCGCUCGCCUUCCGCCGCGAGACGCGCAAAGUGCCCAUCCCCCCCCACCGCAUGACGCCGCUGAAGAGCGCAUGGCCCAAGAUCUACCCCCCCCUCGUCGAGCACCUGCACCUGCAAGUCCGCAUGAACAUCAAGACGCGCUCCGUCGAGCUGCGCACCUCGUCCCUCACCACCUCGACCGACGCCCUGCAAAAGGGCGAGGACUUUGUCAAGGCCUUCACCCUCGGCUUCGACGUCGACGACGCCAUCGCCCUGCUGCGCCUCGACGACCUGUACAUGGAGACCUUUGAGAUCAAGGACGUCAAGACGCUGCAGGGCGAGCACAUGGGCCGCGCCAUUGGCCGCAUAGCAGGCAAGGACGGCAAGACCAAGUUCGCCAUUGAGAACGCGAGUCGCACCCGCGUCGUUCUUGCCGAUCAGAAGAUCCACAUCCUCGGCGGCUUCAAGAACAUACACAUUGCCCGCGAGUCCAUUGUCUCGCUCAUCCUCGGCCAGAAUCCCGCCAAGGUCUACGGCAACCUGCGCACCGUUGCAGGGCGCAUGAAGGAGCGCUUUUGA